AUGGCCACGUUGCUAUUUCUAGCCCGCUCGCUGGAGAGAACAUUCAGUUUCACUUGGCUCUCACUCCUGCAGGAGGAACCAAACCCUGGGGACCUGAUUGAGAUUUCGCGCUUUGGAUACCAGCACUGGGCCCUCUAUGUAGGAAAUGGUUACAUCAUCCACCUGGCCCUGCCCAGUGAGUAUGCAGGAGCUGGCUCCUCCAGCAUCAUGUCCGUGCUGACCAACCUAGCCGUAGUGAAGAGGGAGCGUCUCCGGGACAUUGCUGGUGGUGACUGGUACCGAGUCAACAACAAGUAUGAUGGGAGGUGCUCGCCGCUGCCUGUCAGCAAGAUCCUCAUGGAGGACGAGUCUCUGGUGGGCCAGAAGAUGCAGUACAGCGUCACCAGUGAGAACUGUGAGCACUUUGUCACCAAACUGCACUAUGGCCAGCCCAUGUGUGACCAGCUACGUGCAGAUGCCAUGGUUGCAGGGGUGGUGGGGAUCGUGGGCGUAAGAGUCCUUGUGGCAGUUGCUACAUUCAUUGGCUCAUUGCUCUCUGACAACAAGCAGGAGGAUGAAUAAUGCAAACGUUGGCCUGGGCCAAAGACCAGAGCAAGAUCCGUGGGAGCUGAUCUUUACUAGCUGGCUUAGCUUCUCACCUGCUUUCUCCUUUGGGAUCACUGCCCUUGGGAUUUGUUCUAAUGGUUAAUCACUGGCACUGUGAAACAUUGGUGCCUUAUUUCUAAUUGGAAUGUGUCUGGCUUUGACUUCCAGCCAUUAGGUCUUGUCCUGCCUUUCUCUGCUAGGUUAAAGAGCCCUUUAAUGCCUGGGAUUUUCUCCCGUCAUGAAGAUCCGUAUACAAAGUAAUCAAAUCACUUGUCAGCUGAAGCUAAACUGAUUGAACUCUUUAAAGCUCUCACUGGCAGGCAUUUUUUCCAGCCCUCUAAUACAUUUUGCGGCUCUUGUCUGCACUCUCUCCAAUUUAGCAACAUGAAUGUUAAAGCAACUAGUGGUUUUGGACAUGUGGGACAUUCUUGGUGAGUGUGUGUAUAAAUCUGGCCAGAGAGAUUCUGCAGCGGAUCUACAAGCUUGCACCAGCCCUAACAGAUUGCCUGGCUCACGCUGAACCACAU